AUGACAAGAAAAGGAGAUGAUGAAAAAGUUGGCUGCUUGUCAACACGUCAGCGGUAUUUGGUCCUUUUCAUUGGUAAGUUAGACAAACUUGGGAUGAUUUUUUUGAACCUCUUAUGUUCUUGAAUUACCUACAUUUUUAAUAAAAUUUUCAGGAUCGAUAUGUAUUUCUUCAAUUGCUUCAAAUAUGACUGUUAUCAAUUUCACAACUAUUUGCAUGAAAGGAACUGGAAAUACUACGGUAUCAUACAUUUUUCACAAAUUUUCUAACAAUUUAAUUUAAUUUCAGGAAAAUGAACCUGAUAUUUAUGAUUAUACCAUCAAACAAAAAUCGAUAAUCAUGUGGGCUGCUGCAGUUGGAACUCUCUUAGCUGCCUGGCCAUUCCAUUGGUUCUAUCAGAAAUAUGGAGCUCGAAGUGUUUUCUUUGUUGCUGGUCUCAUUUCCACCCUUUCAACUGUUGCAAUCCCAGUCGCCGCAUCAAUCAGCUUUAAUUUGUUAAUCGUUUGUAGAUUCUUCCAGGUAUCGGCUUCCCUUUAAGGAGAACCACGGAAGUUAUGAUGAUUUUUCAGGGUAUUUCAUUUGGUGCUGAUUUUGCAGCGAUUGGUUUGAUUGUUGUGAAUUGGGCCAGUUUGAAGCAACAUGGAUUGUUCAUCUCGUUGCUUUCUUCAUUUUCACAAAUUUCUGUGAUGUUCACAAUGCCGGUUUCAGGAGAGGUUGGUUGAAAAUUUAGAUUAUCAUUGUGUGCUUUGGAAGUUUGAAUAACACUGUUAUAAAUGGGUCUGAAUGUUGCAGAGAACUUGAAAAUAUUGUCAGCAAAAAUCGUUUCACUAUUCCAAAAAAAGACAGUCUUUGCGACAUCAAAGUUCAGAAAAUUUUAUUUGCAAACAACAUCAUCUUUAGAACAUCAAUCUUGAGUAGAAUUGUAACCUGUAUCUCUUUGUUUCAAAGGACACUUUUCUCCCUUGCAAUCAAAUGUUUUCCACGUGUAACGAACAUUUUCUAAUUUCAAUUUUUCCAGUUAUGCAAUUCAUCUUGGGGAUGGCAAUCAGCAUAUUACGUGCACGCUGCCGUCAGUGGAACAUUCUUCCUUCUUUGGCUCGCAUUUUAUCGUAACAACCCAGCAAAGCAUCCUUUGAUGACUGAAAUCGAACUCGAAAAAAUUCACAGAGGAAAAGGAGAAGUGAAAGAGCACGAGAAAGCUCCAAUCAAGAAAAUUCUCAUGAAUCAUGUUAUGUGGGCUGUUUGGUUAUCAGCAUUUGGAGAAUUGAUGAUGUCACAAUUCAUUGUUAUGUAUGGUCCAACAUUCUUGAAAGAAGUUUUAGGCUUUGCUGUUAAUCAUACUGGAUACUUUGUCGCUGUUCCAAGAGCACUUCAUUUGGCAUUCAAGAUUAUUUCUGGAAUUGCAAGUGAUCGCAUCAAGUAAGAAAAGGGUUAUAGAGAACGUUCAGGGAUUUAAUGAACAUUUUUUGCAGAUGCCUAUCGGAAAAAACAAAAAUGCAAAUCUUCAACACAAUUGCUCUCAAAGUUUCUGGAUUAUUCUUCUGUAUUCUUGGAUUCUUGCCAAAAGAACAUGCAAGUCUCUCACUUAUUGCCUUGUUGAUUAUUGAAUGCUCAACUGGUUUCAUUUGUGGAGGAUUUUAUAAAUGCGCAACAUUAGUCGCUCGGUAACUAGAAAAAAGAGAAGAAACGCUCGAGAUUGAAAAACAAAAAGUCACAGAUUUUGAACAAGAGCAAUACAUAAGAAUUGAACUUAAUAAGAAUUAUAGAUUUCAAAAAAAUACAAGCGUUUUUGCACAUAAUCAAAAUAUUUCAGGCAACACUCUCACUUCGUCUUAUCACAAAUCCAAUUCAUCAAAUGUGUUUCACUGUUCAUUGAACCACUUCUAGUUUAUCUCAUUUGCACUCACAACACAUUGGCCGAAUGGAGAAUUGUAUUCCUUAUCCACGGAGUUUUAUUGAUUGGUACUGAUAAAUUCACUUUUCAUCGAAUAAAUUUAUAUUUUUUUGCAAUAAUUUUUUUGCAGGUGGCAAUUUCAUUUUCUGUUAUUACGCAACUGAUGAGCCAGCCGACUUCACAAAAGAGGCAACCGCUCAAGAACUCACCGAUGUUCCGCCGGAGCGUAGAAGGUGGCUACAAUCUGUUUUUUCUUGUUUUGAUUUCUAACAGAAAAAGAAGAAACUCAUAUUUUUUGCAUAAUUUCUAAACAUGACAUAACUUUAUUGAAAUGAAUCAUUUGACGAGUUUAUUACAAAAAUAAAAAAUGUAUAUUUUCAGACUCACUGACAAUCAAAUCGACUAG